CCCAAUCGCAAAAUUGUCAACGACGACAACUUCAACUAACCUGACAGCACAUCCGGGUCUAUCACCAUGUCCCACAGGAAGUUUGAGGCGCCACGCCACGGAUCUUUGGCAUUCUUGCCUCGCAAGCGUGCCGCCAGGCACAGGGGAAAGGUCAAGAGCUUCCCUAAGGAUGAUCCCAAGAAGCCUGUCCACCUCACUGCCACCAUGGGAUACAAGGCCGGUAUGACCACCAUUGUGCGUGAUUUGGACCGACCAGGUGCCAAAUUGCACAAGAAGGAGAUUGUCGAGGCCUGCACCGUCAUCGAGACUCCUCCCAUGAUCGCUGUCGGUAUCGUUGGCUACAUCGAGACUCCCCGUGGCCUCCGCUCCCUCACCACCGUUUGGGCCGAGCAUCUCAGCGACGAGGUCAAGCGCCGCUUCUACAAGAACUGGUACAAGAGCAAGAGAAAGGCAUUCACCAAGUACGCCAAGAAGCACUCCGAGAGCAGCGGCCAGUCCAUCACCCGCGAGCUUGAGCGUAUCAAGAAGUACGCCACCGUCGUCCGCGUCCUCGCCCACACUCAAAUCUCCAAGACUCCUCUCAAGCAGAAGAAGGCACACUUGAUGGAAGUCCAGGUCAACGGAGGAAGCAUUGCCGACAAGGUCGCUUUCGCUCACGGUCUCUUCGAGAAGCCCAUCGAGAUCUCUUCCAUCUUCGAGGUGAACGAGAUGAUCGAUGUCAUUGCCGUUACCAAGGGUCACGGUUUCAACGGUGUCACUGCCCGUUGGGGUACCAAGAAGCUUCCUCGCAAGACGCACAAGGGUCUCCGUAAGGUCGCCUGUAUCGGUGCCUGGCAUCCUUCCCACGUCCAGUGGACUGUUGCCCGUGCCGGUCAAAUGGGUUACCACCACCGUACUUCCGUCAACCACAAGAUCUACCGCAUUGGCCGUGGUGACGACGAGGGUAACGCCUCCACCGAGUUCGACGUUUCCAAGAAGCAGAUUACUCCUCUUGGUGGUUUCGUCCGCUACGGAGAGGUCAAGAACGACUACGUUCUGCUCAAGGGCUCUUGCCCAGGUGUGAAGAAGCGGGUCAUGACCCUGCGCAAGUCUAUGUUCGUCCACACCAGCAGGAGGGCGUUGGAGAAGGUCGAGCUCAAAUGGAUCGACACCUCCUCCAAAUUCGGUCACGGUGCAUACCAGACCCCCGCGGAGAAGAAGCAGUACGUGGGUACUCUCAAGAAGGAUCUUGUUGCCUCCUCGUAGGUUACUGUUGAUGAUCUACGGCAUACUUUCUUCAUGGGCUUUUAGGCGAACGGCUUGGGUUACUUCCUUCUCACGAAUGAGUGGCCAAUGAAAAAAAUAUCAAUGAUUCCCACUUCAUGAUGUGUAUCAAAAAUAUGUUGAUUUCUCCCUGUGAUUGUGCAUGGUGGCUGUCUUUCGCUCUAAGUUCUAACUAGUCUAACGAGAACAGAAAUUCAGGGUAGGGCCAGCCG